AUGGACGGUAACACUAACAGCACCGGCACUGAACCAAGCGUAGCGGAGUCCGUGGCCAGAAUUAAUUCUCUGGCUAUGGUUUUCAUGCGCCUGAUUGCAGAGGAAGAACAACAACAACAAGCCAUCCCUCAAAUCGCUAUCUUUAAUUCGCCGACCAGCUCCGUCGCCUUCUUCCAAUUCCCAAUUGGCGGCGACAAAUCUGGGCCUUUACCGGCAUCGAAAGAGUCGAUAGACGCGAUGCCAAGAAUAAUAGUGACUGAAGAUCGCGUUGAGGACUGCCCAAUUUGUUUGGACGAGAUGAGUAUCGGCGGCGAGAUUCGGGAGAUGCCGUGUAAACACGGAUUUCAUUCCGGUUGUAUAGAAAAGUGGUUGGGUAUCCAUGGGUCGUGCCCGAUUUGUCGGUUUGGGAUGCCUGUGGAGGAUGAUGGUGUCGGUAGUGAAGAUGGGCAGCGCCAGAGAAGGCCGACGACUGGUUUCGGUUGGAUUAUUACUAAUAAUUUUAUAGAUUCUGCCGAUGCUGGGCCUUUGUCAUCGGGUUCGGAUCCUGGGUCAGAGAAUUCGGAUUCCAGUGGGAGGUGA